AUGCGAUUGGUCAGUGUGGCCGGGGUGCGGCUCCGCAGGGCGGCCGAGGAGGAGGAGAGGGAGCGCCCACCUCCUCCACCCCCCUCGCACCACUCCAACCACCAGUUCGCCAACCUAAAGAACAAGUUCUUCAAUGAGUUCACACACCUGCCAAAUCAUAAACUCAACAUGCCCAUGUGGGCCAUAGGUGCCAUCGUGGUUGUGGUCCUCGCCCUUAUCGCGUGCAUGGUAUUCUGCAUCUACAAGAAGUGCAUCAGCAAGGGCAAGAAGCCCAAAAAGGUCCGUGAGAGGAAGGGAGGACGAGGGCGCAGGAAGAAGGAUAAGGACGGAGAGGAUGGAGAUGAUAAGAAGGAUGGGGAGGAUGGAGGAAAAGACGAGGAAAAGGAGUCUUUGGGCAAACUGGAGUACUCGCUGGACUAUAACUUCACUGAAAACCAGCUGGUAGUUGGCAUCCUGCAGGCUCAGGACCUCCCAGCCAUGGACAUUGGUGGGACCUCAGACCCUUAUGUCAAGGUCUACAUGCUGCCGGACAAGAAGAAAAAGUUUGAGACCAAAGUCCAGCGCAAGAACCUCUGCCCUGUCUUCAAUGAGACCUUCAGCUUUAAGAUACCCUACAGUGAGUUGGGUGGUCAGACUCUGGUGUUGCAGGUUUUCGACUUUGACCGUUUCGGUAAACAUGACGUCAUCGGUGAGAUCAAAAUCGCCAUGAACAGUAUUGACCUCGCACAGCCGAUACAAGAAUGGAAAGAUCUGGUUGGAGGAGAGAAAGAGGAGCAAGAGAAGCUGGGUGAUAUCUGUAUUUCCCUUCGUUACGUCCCAACGGCCGGCAAGCUAACGGUGAACAUCAUGGAAGCCAAAAACCUCAAGAAGAUGGACGUUGGAGGACUGUCAGAUCCCUUUGUCAAGGUGGUUCUGCAGCACAAUGGGAAGAGGCUGAAGAAGAAGAAGACAUCAGUUAAACAAAACACUCUGAAUCCAUACUUCAAUGAGAGCUUUAGCUUUGAGAUCCCAUUCUCCCAGAUCCAGAAAAUCCAGGUGCUGAUCACUGUGUACGACUACGACAAGCUGGGCAGCAACGACGCCAUCGGAAAGUGCUGGAUCGGAUACGGUGCCUCGGGUGUCGGGCUACGCCACUGGUCGGACAUGCUGGCCAAUCCCAGGCGCCCAGUGGCCCAGUGGCACACGCUGUGCCAAGAGGAGGAGGUGGAUGCUGCUCUGAAGGCCCCCAUCCGCUAA